UGGGAAAAUUUUCCUGAGCCACUGUCAACGGUCAGUUACGGGAACUUGGGAUGGCAAGGGCUUCGAUGUUUGCAUUGGGUUGUGCUUCCACAAUAGGCUCCACACACCUACUUUGCAAGUGAGAGUAGAAGACGUUGGGUGACAGCCUGGCAAGUACAAGCCACCUCGUUUGUGUCAUGCGUAUACAUGGUUCAUGCAAACGCUCAAAUGUGAAUGUCCAAAUCUUAGUAGCAAUCAAGAGGCGUUCAUGAAUGAAGUGUUUUUUGAAUUGCGGAGAAACAUGGACAGCUCGCGCGGCGUUGUGCAGCUUGUGAGCCCACACGCACCGGAGCGCCCACGCGCACAGUUAGUUGGCUGACGCUUCGGAUUCUCAGUCAGUCACUUUUCGGUCGUCAACUUGUCCCUGUAUAUCUGUACUUUUGGGAAGCGCUCAGAGACCAAGGAAAAAGAGGAACAGAAACAACUGCUGAAUUUGCUGUUCAAUUUGCUUGAAGAGGCUCAAGAUGGAUAUGCAUAAACGAAUGCUAGUUCUAUGUCUAACCUGUUCGCUCGGACCUAUGCUGUCUGUCCAGAUGUGUGAGGUCAUGUGGGAGCUGGAGGCAGAGAAAAUGGAGUGUUUGUCUAAGCUGGAAAACAUCACAUCAGGUUGCACAGGUGAAUGGGACCUAGCAUGCUGGCCAUCAGCCAGGAUUGGAGAGUUGGUCACCAUCCCCUGUCCAAAUUACUUCAGCCAUGUCAGUGAUCAGAGAGGAAAUAUAUCGAAGAGCUGUACUGCCAAUGGCUGGACUGAAAUAAACCCAGUUGUCGUUGCGUUUAAUUGUGGCUAUGACCCCAAUAUCACAGAGGAUGGAAAUGUGGGUGAAUUUCUGGGCUCUGUGAGAAUUGGAUACACCAUUGGUCAUACUUUGUCUCUUAUAUCCCUCAUCAUUGCCAUCAUCAUACUGUGCUUUUUCAGAAAACUCCACUGCACAAGGAACUACAUCCAUAUUCACCUGUUCAUGUCCUUUAUACUGAAAGCUUUUGCUGUGAUUAUGAAAGAUGUAGUCUUGUAUGAGGUGGAGGAACCUGACGACUGCCACUAUGGAUCUGUGGGCUGCAAAGCUGCAGUGGUGUUCUUCCAGUAUGGCGUCAUGGCCAGUUUCUUCUGGUUACUGGUGGAGGGUCUUUAUCUCCAUGCCCUCCUGACUGUAUCCUUCUUCUCUGAGAGGAAGUACUUUUGGUGGUACAUUCUCAUUGGCUGGGGAGUUCCAGGUGUCUUCAUAACAAUCUGGAGCAUCACAAAAGCUUAUUUACAUGAUAUUGGAUGCUGGGAUUUUAUUGAUGAUGAUCUGUGGUGGAUUAUAAAAACCCCUACUUUGAUAACAAUACUGAUGAACUUUAUUCUCUUCAUUUGUAUCAUCCGGAUACUUCGGCAGAAAAUCAGUUGUCGAGAUAUUGGGAGAAAUGAUUCACACCAGUACUCGAGACUGGCAAAAUCAACUCUACUUCUGAUUCCUCUGUUUGGAAUAAACUACAUAAUCUUUGCCUUUAUGCCUCAUCACAUAGAGUCUAAUGUGCGUCUGGUGUUUGACUUGAUCCUGGGGUCCUUUCAGGGAUUUUGUGUCGCUGUCCUGUACUGUUUUCUGAAUGGAGAGGUUCAGUCUGAGAUAAAACGAAAAUGGAGGCGGUGGCACAUGCAGAGAUUUCUUGGAGCUGACACCAAGUACCAGCAGCCCUCGAUGGCAAGCAACGGUGUAAACUUCAGCUCCCAAAUCACCACGAUGACUAAAUGCAGCCCCACCACACGCAGGGUGUCCACCUGCCAAGAUGACUUCUCUACAGUCUGAGCGCUGAGUGAUGCUCCAUCUAUGAUAAGAGACAGAGACCAAUAAAUCUGUGCUCUACAAGCACUUGCACCACCAUCAAUCAUCUCCAAGGAUGCAGCUCAACUCUAUCCAGUUGUAACUUUGCAUCUCAUUGCUCAGUAGCAAUGUGUGGGAAACAGCACACAGCAGUGCUCAUUGUUGUUAGUUUGGCACGAGACAUACAUGAACUAUUCAAUCAUAAUGAUGUAUCCUCAUAGCCAUCCCAUCAUACACAUACAUAUGUGAAAUGUACGUGUACUGAUGUAGACACUACACUUCUGACGUUUGAAUGUUUUUAAGAAAACUACUGACUCUGAACAGCAAGGGACACUGUCUUUAGUAAAAGGAUGCAAUUAAAGCUCAUGUUCUUAAAGAGACAGUUCACCCAAAAAUGAAAACUGUGCCAUCUUUUACUCACCCUCAUGUUGUUUCACACAUGUAUGAACUUUCCUUUCCUUCUUUGGUGGAACUCAAAAGAUGUUAGGCUGUAUGAGAAAUGAAAGAGAAUAGUGACUGAUAUAAUCAUUCUGUCGAACAUAUCCUUUUGUUAGUUUUUGGGUGAACUAUCCCGUUAACCUCAAACUUACAGACCCAUGAGACUGUUGGUGAAUAAUACUGUGGACAAUUCUAUGCAUAGUGAGAGUGAUUUACAUUUGAAUUAUGAUUUCCUUCCAUAGGCACCCUCCUGUACACAACAAAACACGCAUUAAUCCUCAGUGUUGGUGUUCGGAGUCUAUCUGUGGUAGCAUACUGUUCUGUUAUUCUGCUUUCCCCUGCCCUUAUUAUAAUGCUCAAGAUUUUAUUUCUUAAAAUUGUAAUAACCUGUAGUAAACUGAAUGGUGACCUUUUCGGUCUCUAGAGACCUAGUUGUAUUUUUAUCUCCUUCCUUAUUCAAGGAAAAAUUAAUGUGACUGACUUAGACAAUCUGACAUUCUGCUAAAAUCCUAUUCUAUAUGGUUCCUUGAUGUGUUAUAUGAUUGUGAUUUUUGGAUCAAUGUAAUUGUAUAGCUACUGUAUAUACAAAAAUAUGCAUGGGUUGUGUAACUGUGCACUUGUUGCAUAUAAAGACAAUAGUGUAAAUUGUUUUCUUUUUUAUAAGAAUAGUCUUUGUAAAAAAUGAUUGUCUUUCAAAAAUACUAUGUGUAGCGUUUAUCAUAGCUGUUGUUGCUGGCAUGUAAGUGGUCCUGCAUGUUUGCAUGCACAGUUCUUAUACCUCAGUGUGAAUAUGUAGUCAAGAGGACAUGUCUUUAAAAGUGUUGUUGCUAUUUUAUGAAAGUGUCUUGUAGAUGUUGUCAUAGCAAAAAAACAGAACAUGUUUAUUACAUUAAAUAUGU